CUGUGCAUCGCAUUUCUCACCGACCUUCCGAACCUCCAGCAUCCUUCCACAUGGUGACAUCUUUUCUGUCUCCUUCCCAUUGAUUUCAGAGUUAUAGAUCAGCAAAGAUGGGAGAGAAAGCCCGACCCCAGUGCUACUUCGACGUAGAGAUCAAUCGGGAUCCUGUUGGCCGUAUUGUGUUUCAGCUCUUCUCCGACGUCUGUCCUAAAACUUGCAUGAACUUCCUGUGCCUGUGUACAGGUGAAAAGGGAAUUGGAAAAGUGACAGGGAAAAAAUUAUGGUAUAAGGGCUCCACCUUCCAUCGAGUGGUGAAACACUUUAUGAUCCAGGGUGGCGACUUCAGCGACGGUAACGGGAAAGGCGGAGAGUCGAUCUAUGGCGGUUUCUUUAAAGAUGAAAAUUUUAUUCUCAAGCAUGACCGCGCCUUCCUCUUGUCCAUGGCAAACCGUGGGAAGCACACGAACGGCUCUCAGUUUUUCAUAACAACAAAAGCGGCACCGCAUCUCGAUGGUGUCCAUGUGGUGUUUGGACUUGUCAUUUCUGGUUUCGAGGUGAUCGAAAAGAUCGAGAGCCAGAAGACCGACGCAGCCAGCCGACCGUACGCAGAUGUACGAAUUGUGGACUGCGGCCUGGUGGGCUCUAAAUCCACCAAAGAUGUUCCAGAAAAGGUCAAGCAGGCCACUUCUGCAUCUGAGGAAUCCGAUUCCAGUACAAAGUCGUCUUCAUCGUCGUCCUCCUCAGAGUCGUCCUCUUCUGAUAGCGAAGAAGAAGCGGAAAAAAACAGGAGGAGGAAGCGCAAGAGGAAAACCAAAGUGAAGCACUCAAAGAAAAGACGCAAAGAGAAUCGACAAGAGGUCAAGGAGGACCAUCCCCCGAAUCAGCACAGCACUCAUUCUGAACAGACUAACACUGUGGAUGAUAAAGAGGCCGGAGCAAAGAGGGAAAAACUUGUUGUGCGUCCAGAAGAAAUUCCUCCCGUACCUGAAAAUCGGUUUCUGCUGAGGAGAGACGCACCCAACGCCAAAGCGGAGCCUGAACCGAAGCCGUCGCCUGCGCUGCCUGACAACAGCUCCGUCACCAAAUCAGGAAGGAAAAUCAAGGGCCGAGGCACCAUACGAUAUCACACACCCCCAAGGUCUAGAUCUCGGUCAGAAUCGGAUGAUGAUGGCGAAAGCAGCGAGACCCCUCCACACUGGAAGGAGGAAAUGCAGAGACUAAAGACAUAUAAACCACCCCCCUCUGGAGAAAAAUGGAGCAAGGGAGACAAGCUCAACGAUCGUCUGUCGAGCCGCUGGGAGGAGGGAAGCUUGUCUCCAAGAUCCAGGUCCAGUUCUUGGUCACAUGAUGGUUAUCGCUCCGAUGCCAGCAAGGAGCGUGUUUCCCGCUCUAAAACGCGUAAGAAAGAUAAAAAGCUUAAACAUAAAAAAAAAGCCAAAAAGACAAAGCAUACAAAGAAACGUAAGCCACCAAAGAAAGAUCAGCCAUCGGCAUCAAACAAAGAAGAGUCUUCGAGCAAAAAGAGGAAAUCUUCUCAGGAACGAACUCGAAGAUCUUCUUCAAGGUCUUCUAGAGACUCUUCAAAAAAGGGCUGGUCUCGGUCAGAGAAAGAUCAGAAGUCUUCAAGUCAUUCCAGCAAGAACACAAAUUCCAGAUCAAGGUCUUAUUCCAGGGGAAGCAAAAGGUCCAGAAAAAGCUCAAAAUCCACGUCUCGGUCACAAAGUCCUUCAAGAAGCAGGUCUAGGAGUAAGUCGAGGUCCAGAAACCGAAAUGCUUCUGGAGCCCACUCGAGCCCUCACUUGCAUCAAUCAUCGAAACAGCGAAGAUCUUCUUCUCCGCCCUCCCAAACAAAAGAUGUGCCUGUGUUGAGAAGUAACCCAAAUGAGGCGGCAAAAACCGUGGCGCAGCAACCGACUAAGUCAGCUGAUGAUUCUCUUUUGACAUAUGGAACAAGGGAGAAUGUGGUUUCCUUGAGUGACAGCCCCCCACCUUCUAGGUGGAAACCUGGACAAAAGCCUUGGAAGCCGUCAUACGAGCGAAUACCGGAGGUCAAAGCCAAAUCCACGAAUGUGCUUUCUGCACCAGCCAAACGUGGUAGUAACAGUAACGCCAAAAACAAUUCACUUCGCAGGCACGCAAGCUCAGACAGCGAGCACAGUGAUUAUUCUAGAAGACGUUCUCGCCGCAAAACUAAACAUGACUCUUCUAGGAGCAGAUCCUACAGUAGGUCAUAUUCUAGAUCCAGGAGCCGAAGUAGCUCAUCUUCACGAGCGGAUGGCAGGGCAUCGUCUUCAUAUGACAGCUCAUCGUCUAGUGAGUCCAACGAUGACACAGUUCCUACAGACACAUCCUCGGCAAAGAGAAGAAGCAAAUCAAAAGAGGAAAGCCCCAAGCUUCAUGCUCAAGGCAAACCUAUUUCUCGAAAAAGCACCCGAAGCUUCUCCAAUUCCCACUCUUCCUCUGAAAGUGGAGGAGAGGAAUUUACUAAAUCAUUACUGCAGACCACCAAGGCUUUGCUUGAAAACCAUAACUCCCGUAGCCCACAACAAGCAGAAGAUAAUGGAAGUGAACCAAAGCCAGAUUCCAAAUGUGACAAAGAUGACACACAAGCCGUAAUAACUGACAUAGACAAAGUUCCAAAAAGUGAGACGGUAAAGGAAACUGUUGAGCAAGUCAAGAAAGAGGAGAAAAGUAGCCCCAAUUCUCAAAAUGCAAACUUGGAGGACUCCGUAAUGUCUUCUGGAAAAGAGGAAGGCGAAGCUAGUUCGGAAUCCGACUCCGAAUUGAUUGAAGACUCGAAGACGCCAGCUUCUGAGACUCAAUCGACCCGUGCUUCUGAAAGCAUUUCUGAAAAACUUACCAAAUCUCCUUUAUCUGAUAGUUCAGCUCAGGAGACCAGUAAAAGCAAGUCAAAAAAACGCAAGCGCCGUUCCAGUAAGAAGAAAAGCCAUUCGAAGAAGGCCAAGGAAAAAUCUAAAAAGAAGAAAGAGAAGAAGCAGAAAGCACAAAAGAAAAAGGAAGCCUUUCGCUGGCAACCGCCGCUUGAGUUUGGAGAAGAUGAUGAGGAAAUGGCAGAAGGAGAUUCCGAUGUACAUCUAAGCAAGCCAAAAGACCUACUUCUGAAGGACAAGUCUAAUGUGGAGUCUAAAGUCACCCCCAACGGGUCUCUGCUGAUUGAUAAAAUGAAUACAGAGCCUGCUAAAAAAGCUUUGCCGCUAACAUCCGACUUAAAAAAUGAUGAAAAGGAACGUGACAUUUUAUCAAACUUGACGAAAUCUCCGCUUACCUCUGCAAAUGUUCCUCAGAAAUCAGAAGACCUAAAAACCUUUACUUCUCACCGGUCCUUACCCCAGAUCAAACUUGAGACAAACUCUUCCAGCAGCACGUCUGCACCUCGUUCAGGUGGCACCUCGGACCCGGUGCCCCCGUUGUCAACAACUGUUUCUGAAAUCCUGCCAGUCAAAGAAGAGAAAAGUCAAAGUAUCAACCCAUCUGCUGCAGUCACUCCAGCCGGUCCAGAAAAGGUGGAGCCUGUUGGUGCCGAGGCCGUAGCCGUAGACAAUAAGUGGAAACCCGUCCAAGGGCCUACUUUGGGACAACCAGUCAAGCUCAUGACUACACCAGUUGUUGCGACAGCAGAGCCAGAAAAGAAACCUCCAGGUUUACGAAUUGAGAUCAAAAGCAAAAAUAAAGUGAAGCCAGGGUCACUUUUUGAUGAAGUCAGGAAAACCGCCCGGUUAAACCAAAGGCCCAGAAACCAGGAAAGUUCCAGCGAAGAAGGGUCUUCAAGUCACGAGGCAAAAAGUCGCUCCGGUAGUAAGAACAGGUCCCGAAGCAAAUCCCGAUCAAGUCGCAGGUCCGGGUCUGGGUCUUCUAGCAGGUCCAGAAGCCGGUCUCGUAGUUCCAGUUCUUCAUCAAGGUCACGAAGCUAUUCAAGGAGUCGGAGCCGAAGACGGUACAGUCGCUACCGUUCCCGGAGCCGUUCCAGGACUCGCAGCAGAAGUCACAGUCGGACGUACAGCCGAAGCCGAUCUAGAAGUGUUUCUUACCGUCGUCGCAGGAGAUCCAGAAGCCGGUCAUACACUUACGACAGCUACAAUAGCAGAAGUAGGAGUCAUAGCAGAAGUCCGACCUACCACCGAUCACGCAGCUAUGACAGGAGGUCUAGGUGGGUAAUUAGUACCAAGGAGUGUUGUUGGGUCAGUGGUUCUAAACCACCUGGCCGCAGCCUCCCUUCUGCUGUGUUUUUAGAUAGGGCCUAAUCGAAGUGAACUUUCAGUGGACGGCUGCAGUGUCUCCUCUCUGUUGCCAGGGUUUUGCAGAGUGGUAGUGGGUGCCCUGUGCUGGAUCGCUGAGCUUUCCAGCACCAGGCACUUCUCCAUUAGGCCUCACAAGGAGGCAUUGUUCAUCAAUGCCUCCCUUGAUGCUCACCUGCCAUUAGUGCCUAAGAGGGAGUAGAGUCCCCUACUUCCUGCCUUCCAGUCAUUACCAUCCAUGCGAGUGCCCAUGCUGAUAGCAAGUCUAAAGUAAGUGGGGGGUGGAUGCAAUAUCUACUGCAAUCAGCCUCCGCUUACCCCUAAGAGCCUCCAGCCAGUGGCAGAACCCCCAACCUCUUAUAGCAGUGAAUAUUGGCACCCCAGAUGUUUUGGAACUAUGAUGCUCCAAUACACUGCAGAGUGCAU